AUGCCCCGCACCGACGAAACAGAAUGGUUCAUCAACGCCGUCUACUCCGCAAUCCAAGAGAUUCCCCGGGGUCGAGUAACAUCCUACGGCCAUAUCGCUCUACUGCUAGGUUAUCCAAAACGCCCCCGCCAAGUCGGCACAAGCCUAAAACAUCUCCCCUCGCCAGGCACAGGGUUCUACCAUUCGGGGAAUGUGCCUUGGCAGAGGGUGAUUAAUUCGAGGGGGGGGAUUUCGCAUCGGUUUGUGAUUUUCUAUAUCUUUCCUGUUGGGCUAACGGAUGGAAUCAGAGGCCCAGGGAGUGCAGAGAGACAGGCAGAGGUGUUGAGAGGGGAAGGGGUGGAGGUGGAAAGCGAUGCGAUGGGGGAGUUUUAUGUGGAUUUGGGACGGUUUGGGUGGUUUCCUGAGGUUUUGCCUAGCGAGGUGGAGGAGGGGGUGGAUGAUGGUGGAGAUAUACAGCAAUAA